AUGCUGAGAGGAGGCGAGCAGGCUGGGCAAGCGUAUACUGGGGAUGCUAUUAUAAGGGAUCCUGUUACUGGGGAUGCUCAUAGCGCGGAUGUGGAACAGAAGGCGCUGUCAGAGCUGCAGAGACUGGGGAAGCUGGACGACGAUGGGCUGGGAGGCGGGGAAGGUGACAGUAACGAGGGGAAGGCAGCUGAUACAGACCCGCUUGAGGAUGCGGAUUUAGAGGAUGAUGUGGCUGUAGCGGGGGGUGGCAAAAACGGAGGGGGGGGAGGAGGAGUGAGAGCAGGCGGGGUGACGGAAGCAGGGGGAGAGCAGUUGCAGAGUGAGCAGAGGAAGGAGGUAUCGGUGGCUGAGCAACGAGCGGCAGAGAAACAGACGCAGGGACAGGGGCAGGGGCAGAGGCAGGGGCAGGGGGUGUUGUUGAGAGGGCAGGAUGAGACGGAGAGGAGGAGAGAGUCGAUCAAGCAGGGGAUGCUGCAUGCGUGGAGAGGGUACAAGAAGUACGCGUGGGGGUCUGAUGAGCUCCAGCCACACAGUAAGGCCCCGCCCAACAACUUUGGAGGCAUGGGGUUGAUUCGUUUUCCACCUGCUCAUUCCCUCUCCUCACGCCGUUCGUCUUGCUCCCCACCCUCCAUCCACUCUCCACCCACCCUUCACACCUGCCAGCCGCGCAGUAAGACCCCGUCGAACAACUUUGGAGGCAUGGGAGCAACGAUUGUUGACUCGCUGGACACGCUCUUCCUCAUGAGACUGAAAUAUUUGCUCGUAUUCCACUCGUCUUGCUCCCAUCUCCCCUCCACGCUCCACCCGUCCUUCCCCCACCCACCUGCCUCGCAUAAGACCCCGUCCAAUAACUUCGGAGGCAUGGGGGCGACGAUCGUGGACUCACUGGACACUCUGUUUCUCAUGGGACUGAAGGACGAGUUCAGAGAUGCGCAAAAGUACGUUCACGGGCCAGCCAUAUACUGGCUCUUGCAGGGCAAAUUGGCGGUGCUGGCGGGCGAGGCGACCAUCGUUGACUCGCUGGACUCGCUCUUCCUCAUGGGGCUCAAGGACGAGUUUCAGAGACGCGCAAAAUGCUGGAAGCAAGCAACGAUCGUUGACUCGCUGGACAUGCUCCUCCUCAUGGGGCUCAAGGACGAGUUCAGAGACGCUCAGAAGUGGGUGGGCGAGUCCCUCAAUUUCAACCGGCACUCCAGCGUCAGCGUCUUUGAAACAACCAUCCGCCUCGUCCACUCCCCCUUAUCUCCUGUAUUUCUUCCCACCGUUUCCCUUUUCUUUUCUUUUUUUCCAGCAGCAUACGACCUUUCUCGCUGCCCUUUCCGGCUUUCCUCGUUUUCCUUCUUUGUCAUUUCCCCCAUCCCUCCUGCGACCACUUCUCCCCUGUCCCCCCGAUCCUCACAGUUUGCUGGGCGGGCUGCCAGCAGCGCACGACCUGUCACAGGGAAAAGAAAGGUCUUCUUGGAGAAGGCGAGGGAGCUGGGGGACCACUUUUCACCCGACUCACUGUUGCUGUUCCCCCAAUCCCGACAGGAUUCUGGGCGGGCUGCUAGCAGCGUACGACCUGUCAGGGGAAAAGAAAAGGCCUUCUUGGACAAGCCGAGGGAGCUGGGGGACCAGUCUAACUCUCCGUCCCUUCUGGCCCACUUCCGUCUCCCCGCUUCCCCGCAUCCCCUGCAGAAUCCUGGAAUGCUGGGCGGGCUGCUAGCAGCGUACGACCUGUCCGGCGAGAAAGUAUUCUUGGAGAAGGCCAGGGAGCUGGGAGACCGACUCCUGCCCGCAUUCAACACCCCUACUGGCAUCCCAUUUGCCUAUGUCGAUCUGGCCUCUGGAGGAGGGAACGCGCCUGGCUGGACCGGGGUAAGCUGCUUCCCGUCCUUCAUGUCUUCCUUGCUUGCAUUCUUCGGAGAUCGGCUGCUACCAGCAUUCAACACCCCCACUGGGAUUCCCUUUGCCUAUGUCGAUCUGGCCUCUGGAGGAGGGAACGCGCCUGGCUGGACUGGGGGAUCGGCAGUGCUGGCGGAUCUCGGCACGCUCCAGCUGGAGUUUGUGACUCUCUCUCAGCGGACAGGCGACCCCAAAUACGCAAUCAAGGCGGAGAAUGUGAUUCGGCAGACUGAGAAAUCUUCCCAGAAGACGGUCUCGUUCCCAUGUUGCUGCUCCUCCUCUCUCCCUAUUGCAAACCCCCGUUCCCUUCCCUCCCUCACUCCCCUCCACAGGCUGAGAAUGCAGAUCGAAAAGAUUUUCCCGGAGGAUGGCCUGGUGCCCAUGUUCAUCAGUAUUGACAGUGGAGAGCCCACGAGCAGUCACAUCACCUUCGGGUCCAUGGGCGACAGCAUCGACAGCGGGGAGCCCACCAGUAGCCACAUCACCUUCGGAUCCAUGGGCGACAGGCUAGAGCACCUGUCUGCCACGGUCUGGUGCCCCUGUUCAUCACCAUUGACAGCGGGGAGCCCACCAGCAGCCACAUCACGUUCGGGUCCAUGGGAGACAGUAUUGACAGCAGGGAGCCCACCAGCAGCCACAUCACGUUUGGGUCCAUGGGGGACAGGUGAGCCCUCUUCCCUGCCCUCUUCCGUGCCCUCUUCCCUGCCCUCUUCCUGCCCUCUUCCCUGCCCUCUUCCCUGCCUUCUUUCCCUGCCCUCUUCCUGCCCUCUCCCUGCCCUCUUCCCUGCCCUCUUCCCUGCCCUCUUCCCUGCCCUCUUCCCUGCCCUCUUCCCUGCCCUCUUCCCUGCCCUCUUCCGUGCCCUCUUCCGUGCCCUCUUCCCUGCCCUCCCUGCCCUCUUCGCCCUCUUCCCUGCCUCUUCCCUGCCCUCUUCCCUGCCCUCUUCCCUGCCCUCUUCCCUGCCCUCUUCCCUGCCCUCUUCCUGCCCUCUUCCUGCCCUCUUCCCUGCCCUCUUCCCUGCCCUCUUCCCUGCCCUCUUCCCUGCCCUCUUUCCUGCACUCUUCCCUGCCCUCUUCCCUGCCCUCUUCCCUGCCCUCUCCCACUUCUACGAGUAUCUGAUCAAGUUCUUCUACGAGUAUCUGAUCAAGUUGUGGGUGCACGGAGGCAAGACUGAGUCCCUUGUCCCCUCCUUGUCCAUUCUUCCCCACCCUUCUUUCCUCUUCUCUCUCAUCAUCAGCUUCUACGAGUAUCUGAUCAAGUUGUGGGUGCACGGAGGCAAGACUGAGUCCCUUGUCCCCUCCUUGUCCAUUCUUCCCCACCCUUCUUUCCUCUUCUCUCUCAUCAGUUCUACGAGUAUCUGA